UAAAAGUGAAUAGAUAAACUGAGAUAAACGUUGGUAACGUUAAUGUACCGAUGGUCGCGUUGAGAUUGAGGUUAUAACGAUCAUUCGCUCGCAUUCAUUAUGAAGGAAAUUCUGUACCUGCUCUUUAUUUUUGCUAAUUUAUGCGAACGAUACGUAAUUGCGGAACAUGAAGAGGACGUGUCUACCGAUCUGUACAUAAUCGAGGGAAAAGUAUUUCCCUGGGACAACGCUGCUUCCAGUGGAUGGCAGCUCAUGACGCAUGUAAUGGCCAACGGUGGUGAACAUUAUGGCUUUUUGAGAGAAGAUGGUACAUUUAUAAUUUCGAAUGUCCCAUCGGGAUCGUAUAUGGUCGAAGUGGUAAAUCCAAAUUAUGUUUACGAACCAGUCAGGGUGGAAAUUAAUUCUAAAGGAAAAUUCCGAGCUCGUAAAGUAAACUUGAUACAAACAUCGCAAGUGAUUCAAGUACCUUAUCCAUUGAAAAUGAGACCUUUAGCACCGUUUCGAUACUUCCAAGUUAGAGAACAAUGGCGGAUGACAGACUUCUUAUUCAAUCCCAUGGUUUUAAUGAUGGUUUUACCGCUUGUACUGAUUAUGAUCCUGCCAAAAAUUAUGAACGAUCCUGAAACUAGAAAGGAAAUGGAGCAAUUAAAUAAUCUCACUAUUUAUAAUAUGCCAGAAAUGUCUGAAGUGAUAACAUCUUUUCUUUCUGGAGGAGAGAAGCAAAAAUCAAAAGCUGUAAAAGCUGCUAAGAAAAGACAAUAAUAAUCUAUUUAUUGUCUGUAGAUGAUUGUAUGUACAUGUUUACUCUAGUCGUUAAAAUAUAUAAGAACAUUAACAUCAAAAGCAGGACAUUCUUGAGAAAAAGAAAAAUGUUCUGAUUGCUUAAAUAUUGUGUAAGAUUAUGAUGGUUAAUGCACCAAAUCUUUAAACUACAAGUUUGAAAAUAUAUAAUUAACGUUAACGUUAAUAUAUAUAUAAUUAAUGUUAAUAUAUAAUUAACUUCUUGUAGUUUAACAAUUGCAAAAAUAAUUGCAUUUUUGCUACAUGUAUGUAAACAAGGGAACAGUAAGACAUCAGCAAUGUUUUAAUUUACUAUUAGUAAUAUGUAUUAGUAGUAUAUAAUUGUGCAUAUACUUGCUCCCCAAGUUUUGUAAGAUGGUGAAGGAAAUUUUAUAGAAUAAGUAGAAAAAACUGAUAUAUGAUGUAUAAUAUUAGUCACAAUAAUGAUAUAAUAUAAUUGUUUCACUUUACAUGGUAAUGACAAUCUUGCUGUACUUUCUUACACUGAUCCCUUGCUAUGAGGGAUUACAAUAAUUCUGUCUUACAUAAAAUAUUGCAGUUUCUAUACUGUUACAAUUUUGUAAAUCAAAGUGACAAGUAUAAUAAUACCAUAAAUAAUUAAAUAAAUAACAGCUGUAUCAAUCCA